AAAACCUGUGCCUCUAAUAUUGGAUCAAGAAUAUGUGAACUUGAAGAAUCAAAUUAUUAAGGCAGAAAGAAGAGUGUUAAAGGAGUUGGGAUUUUGUGUUCACGUAAAGCACCCUCAUAAGGUUUGUACUGUAUAAGUGAACUUUAUAAUAAGCAUUUCAUACUCUGUAAAUGCUUUGAGUAGACUGCCUAAAUGCAUGGAAGCUGUAUCGUUUGUAUAUGAUAAUGCUAGUUAAUUCGGUAAAGCUAGCAUCUUACGUUCUCGAUGUCUUCUUUCUCAUUUAAGAGAUUCUUACUAGUUGGUCUUGUGUCACUGCUGAAAGACGACUGGAGGUGGAUGCAGAUGCUAAGUAUUCCAUGAAGUCAAAUUAUAUAAGCAGGUAGCUGUGGUGCUGGAAAACGUCAACUAAAUGUAGUUUCUUAAGCAGAAAGGAAUUUGGAGACCUAGGAUUGUGAUAGCCUAUUACCAGAAACACUGCGUGUCAUGAUCAAUCCUUGUUGGAUACAUGCCGAGGUUAUUAAAUCCUGAUGAGCUAUUUAGCAGUGCUGCUUAUAUUCUAAAAAGUACACUCAGAUGUGAAGGACUUGACUAGAAAUGAGAUGGUUCUCAAUAUAUAAAUAUCAUGUGCCAGACUAGGAAUGGUACUUGAAAGACACAACUACUGCAAAUGUUUUAAAUUGGCGCUUUAGUACCGUUAGUGUUAUCCCAUAAGUAGCUAAGUGUGGAAGAAGAACCUGCUACUUCUGUGACAGCAGGACUUGGGAUCUCUAAAAACUACUGCUGUCUUAAAAGUCUUUUUAAGCCUGCUUGACUUAAAUUCAGUCAUUCGUUCAUGUUACCAUUCCCCCAGAGGACAAUUGUACUUGUUUGUUAAUUGGUAUGAAUUUUUUCUAUUAGAAUAGUCUUUAUCUGCAACCUUGUUUUCCUUUCAAACCUAAGAGAAAAACCCAGACCUGAAUAAACCAGCAACACACAACGUGUUAGAUCUGUUCUCUGCAAAAAAAUAUAUUUCUUACUGCUUAUUGCAGCUAGUGAUAUUUUCUCCCAAGUUUACAGCUAAAAGGAAUCGUGGGUUUGAUAGGAGAACAUACAUAGUUUGAAAACAGUUGAAGACGAGACGAGACAUCUAGAUGAAUAGCAUGAUGCCUGAGCUCGGAAGACGGAGAGCUAGGAAGGUCAGAUCUGGUUGAGUGUCCAGCUUUUGCAUUGGAGAGCAGAAGCAGUGUGAAUAAAUGCUGGGGAUGUUGCAAACGCUCUCCUGUGGAGUGUUGUAGAACUUGGAAGAGAAUAACAGAUGCCUCAUGGGUCUCCCUCUGAAAUAAAUAGGUGGCUCUCAAGAUUCUUGUUAAUAACACAAUAACCCGUAUCUUCCAGAUAAUCGUUAUGUACCUUCAGGUAUUAGAAUGUGAACGUAACCAACACCUGGUCCAGACUUCAUGGGUAGCCUCUGAGGGUAAGUGACUAAGACUUCUCCUCUGCUGCCCAAGCGCUAUGGUGCAGGGAUAGCUGCCGUCUUCAGUCAAACCAAAGCAGGCUCUCCAAAGAGAAGGCUGACUCUAGACAGGUGGUAUAUACAUGAUAGUAUAGUAACUGGCCAACUGCUUCUUGUGCUUACACUUUUUUGACUUUUAUUUUCAUUGUGCCUUUUGACUGCUGUAUAUUUGAUAACCUGAUUGUUGCAGUUCUGAAAGAUUUUUAAUGUUAUGCUUCUAUAACUGUUAAAAUAAUGUAUUCUUAAAUGAUAAAGCAAAUUAAGGUGGGAUUUAAGUCUUAAAAGAGAUGAAUUAACACAACAAAACCUGAAACCUGCUGUCUAUUUGUAAACUAGUUUGAGGAGACAUUUGAGUACAUAUGUGAAGCUUAGAGUCAAAUGUAGUGCUUAGAGAAACUUCCCGCUACCGGCUUUCCCAGUACCAUUGCAUGAAGUACUCGGAUGUGACUACUCAUUUCCAAUUUUUUACUUGUAAUGAAAAGAAGGUUAGGUGAGGAGGAGGGAGGAAAUUUGCCUAAUUGAGAAGCAAUUCACUUGUUAAAAUAAAUUUGUGUGCUGAUGCUUGUUGCUUCUAGUACCUGGAAACUGGUGGAUAUCCAGUAUAAUUGGUUUUUUGAAAUGUGUGUUUUUACAACAUUACUUUUUUCUUAAAAUAUUGUAACAAGGAUUCAUUUCCUCAUGUGUCUGAUUCUGAGCCCACAGGGAAAAUAUGCAGACCAAACUUGGAAGCAGGCAUGUUAUUCAAUUUGGCAAAUUAGAAAAAGGCUGUAUGACUUCCAGAUGUUUGACGUACCGCUUUUCUUUAUUGCUUCUUUUGCCAAAAGGUUUGUGCUCUCUUUGUUGUGGGACAAGAAAAGUAGGUUUUGAAGUUCCUCUUUCCCAGAAAGAUGAGCUGAUGUCUAUUUAGCAUUGCUUCUCUGGGGUAGCAGUUGCUCUUUGUGUGAACAGGAAUGUAAGAUAACUGGGGCGGGUGGGAGUUUGAUGCUUUUGGGGUUCAAGUUCCUUUUGUCUGUCCUGUGUAAACUGGUUACAGGUGUUUGGACUGUGGGCUCUGGUUAGGAUGCCUUGGGGGUUAGUGAAUCCUUGUAUACUGGGUACCCACAUGGUUAAUUACUAUUUUCAGAAAGCGUAUUCUUUUGAGGACUUUCUAUUGUGUCUGGUUUUAGCUUUUCCCCAUCUGAUACUUUGCUUGGCAUAUGUGCUCAAAAAUCUAGAUCUUUUUAAGCACGUCAGCUGACAGAUUCAGAGGAAUUUACUUUGUGUAUUUAAGAUUUAGAAGAAUAAUGCUUAAGUGUACUGACUGGAAUAUAUGCAAUAUUUUACAGUUUUCUCAUUCUGUGAAUAUUCAUUUUAAGCAACCUUACUGAAAUGGGACAAUUUGGAAACCUUAUUUCAUGUGCCAAAGAGGAGAUCUGCCUGAAUACUGAGUAUUCUUCUGAAUUGAUGUUCGCAAACACCCUGAUUUCUUCUAUGGCUGCUUUUUGCAUCAAAAAGAAUUCUGUUUUGGAUGGAAAAAAACGCUUCGGAAGGAAAGGGAACCCCUUAAAUCUCCAGUGGAGGUUGACGUGUGCCGAAGUGGACUGCGUUUUCAUGGGAGGACUACUACAGGAGCUGCAGCUUUCAGCAAACCAUCUGGGUUCAGCCGUAUUGCAGAGAAACAUGUGAACCUAAAAAUCUAUAUCUGAGUACUUCAGAUUAUAUUGAACUACAUGAAUGAUAGCUUGAGAACAGAUGUCUUUGUAAGAUUCCAGCCAGAAAGCAUUGCCUGUGCAUGUAUUUACCUUGCAGCUAGGACGCUGGAGAUUCCACUUCCUAAUCGUCCACACUGGUUUUUACUCUUUGGAGCAACAGAGGAAGAAAUUCAAGAAAUCUGCUUAAAAAUUUUGCAGCUCUAUACUCGGAAAAAGGUUGAUUUAUCUGAUCUGGAAAGUAAAAUAGAAAAGAAGAAAUUAGCUAUCGAAGAGGCAAAAGCACAAGCUAAAGGUCUAGUACCUGAGGGAGCCCCAAGUUUGGAUAACACUUCAGGAUUUUCCCCUAUCCCGAAAAAUGAGUCUCCAAAAGAGGUUAAAGGAAAUAAACCUUCACCACUACCGGUUCAGGCAAUGAAGAAUGCUAAAAGGAAAACAGAGGGAGCAAAAAGAAUGAGUUCAAAUAGCCCAGUAAACGGCGUUCAGAAAGGAAGAGAAAGCAGAAGUCGAAGUGGAAGUAGAGAUCAAAGUUAUUCAAGAUCACCGUCCAGAUCUGCAUCCCCUAAGCACAGGAAAAGUGAAAGUUACUCUACAUCAAGCGGUUCCAAAUCCCACAGCCGUUCCAGGAGCCGCAGUGACUCUCCCCCAAGACAGUUCAACCACAGCUCUAGCUACAAAGGCUCCAAGGUGAGAAGUUACAAGAAGUCAAAAGACUACAAAUACUCAACGCACAAGCCACGGAAGUCACGCAGCAGGAGUUCAUCGCGUUCCAGGAGCCGAUCCCGGGAGCGCUCUGACCAUUCAGGGAAGUACAAGAAGAAGAGUCACUACUACCGAAAUCACAGGCAUGAGCGUUCACGCUCCUAUGAGCGGGCAAGUCAUCGCUAUGACCGAGACCAUCCUGGCCACAGUAGGCAUAGGCGAUAAAUAAAGCAAAAAGUUCUUUCCUUUGGAAUUUAAGCAGUGGAGCUCUUCUCUGUUUGAACUUUGCAGUAUAGGGUUAACCUGGCUUGUAAACCACCUAGCUUGAGUAAUGUCCAUUCUGCUGGCAAUUCUGUACUUGCUGUCGUGAAUCCAAAGGAGAGACACUAACAGGAUGGGAUGAUGUGAAAGGCUUAAUCUGAUAAAUGUCUUGGUGACUGUUCUGCUGGAGUGUCACCUAAUAACAGUGCAGAACUUCUCGCUGGAUGCUCCUACGCCUGCUCUUUAGCAAUUUCCAUACUGUAGUGCAGUGGAGUGUUGUUUGGGACUUCCAGUUCUGCAAGCAGGACCUCCAUUGCUCAGUAGUUGGAAUGCUGGGCUGAGCAGUCCUUCCCUGUGGAACUAGAAGGCUCCAGACAGUUCAUAAAAACCAUUGGAGUGGCUUGGUGCUAACAAAGCUGUCUUUUCAUACUGACUCAGUUAUGUUGUACAAAUGUUAAGGUGACUAUUUUAGAACUGUUGCCUAUAUUAGGUUAUAUAUGUGUAUAUAUGUUUUGCAGUGUUACAGUAUGGGAAUAUGGCCUUACUAGCCUUUACACUUUAUCCACAAUGUAAAUAAGCAUUUGUUUAAUACAGGUGGAAGAUAUAUACAGAAAAUUCAAAACUUGAAUUCUAUCAAAAGACUUGUGUAGAAAAUUCUGAUAAAUGUGAAAGUAUUUAGCUCUGUGUAUUGAGAGUAGUAUAUUUUUAUCUGUGCAAUGCUGUGUGCGGGCCACCAGCUCAUAAGACGUUUCCUAUAUAUACAUUUAAAGUGGUUUGAAAUUCUUUACUCAGGAUCUUUGACACUCUGAAGAAUUAGUAGUUUGUCAAUCUGCAUGCUUGUUGAAGAACAGAGCAUUUAAAAAAAAUAGCAAAAACCCCACAGCCCAGUAGUAUCAGUUCUAGUGGUAUAUCUGAGCUGUUACUCUCAUGAUCCCUAAUUUCAUUAAAGUAUUUGAUUUUCUAUUACA